GGAGGCUCCCUUCGUUUUGGACGAGUUGACAAAUUCCGCGGCUUCCUGGGAACUUUUUGUUUUUUUUUACAAGUUUUGGACUUACGAGUUUUUGCAGAACGAUCAUCAUCAACGUACAUUUGGGGAUACGACAACAAGAAAGAGUGCGAUAGACGAGAGCGAUUUGCCGUCAUCUUAUUAUCACGACCGAUAGACAGACAGCCGCCAAGGAAUGGCUGACGCAGACAGGACUGCGGUUGGUGCUGGGUCAACCGCUGAGACUCUGCCAGCCGAGUCCCAAAGUGUUCAAUUGAAGAAUGGCAACACCUCUGUUGAGGAGUCCAACGAGUUUGAGCGACUCUUGGAGACAUGCGCGCAUGAACCGAUCCACAUUCCAGGUUCGAUACAACCCCAUGGCCUUCUUCUGGCAUUUGACGGUGAAUCGCGGCAAAUCCAGAUCGUGUCCAAUAACGUUACUGCUUUCCUGGGCUCGUCCAACACAGUCGCGCGGAUCAUUCAAAGACAAAUUACCGAUUGUCUGACACCCGCAUCACAGAAACAGUUUCUACGAACACUUGGGACAUUAAAGGAUGCAGAAACAGGCAGCAUUCAUACAUUGCCGCUUGAAUUUUGGGUCGAUGAUCGACCCGUAUCAGAUUCUGACAAGGAACAUGUCCCUCCCUCCCUCCCAAAUCUUCCAUCAAGGCUGUUUUACGCGACCAUCCACCGCACACCAAGAAACCUCGGUCUGAUCAUCCUCGAAUGUGAACCAAAAGAAUACUUUGAUUCCCACAAUGUCGCUCAACCUGAUCCAAAUCAGCACUUUUUCUUCAUGCAAACGCUCAUUCAUCAAUUCAAUGCCGCAUCUUCACAAGAAGAGUUGAUUCACCUGGCAGUGCAGUCGAUUGCCGAGGUGACGCAGUAUGAUCGAGUAAUGAUGUACUGGUUUGAUGCGGAUUGGCAUGGUGUGGUGAUCGAGGAGGAAUGCCGGGAAGGAUUUGAGGGCCAGCGAUAUAUGGGUUUGCACUUUCCAGCCUCCGAUAUUCCCCAACAAGCUAGAGAUUUGUAUCUCUUGACCAAGAUUCGUGUUUUGGCGAACCGAAGUGCAUCCCCAUCAAACCUUGCUGCCGCACCGUCAAGAUGCGGUCAGCCGCUGGACUUGUCGUUUGCCAGUCUCCGCUCAAUUUCACCCGUACACUUGAAAUACCUGGAAAACAUGGGCGUCAUGGCAACAAUGUCCAUCGCAGUCAUGGUAGAGAACCGCUUAUGGGGAUUAAUCGCAUGUCACCACUACGACGAGCACAUCAUACCCUACCAAGUGCGGUCCACGUGCCUGUACAUUUCAUCCCUUCUCUCAACGUCCAUCGAAAAUCUUGAAUACAGUAAACGCGAAAAACAACGAAAGCAAAUCAUCCAGCUGGCUGGAAUGAAAAAGCUUUGGGAAGCGGAAGACGCAGGGCUGGACACGGCAAUUAGUGAUCCAAGCGAUAUUUUCUGGGAUAAAGACUCUAAGGCGCCUUGGCCCGGCCCAACCGGCUCUACCUCGUCUGACAAGUCUUCCUCUAGUAGCCUCACCACUACCACGUCGAUGGGAACACAGGUCAUAGUUGCGACCAUGGACGAGUUUUUCGAACGCGUUGUUCCAGAGGUGAUGUCUUGGAUUAGAGCCGACUAUGCAACAGUUCAGUACAAUGGCAAAACCAUGCACUUUAACGUCCCUGAUAACGCCCAUAAGGCUGUCGCAAAUUAUAUAAAAUGGGCGGAUGCCAGACCAUCGCGAGAAGUGAUUGUCUCCACCUGUGUUAAAAAUCAUCUGGUGGGAUACGACGGUUUGGAUACUGUUUUAGCUGGAGUGGUGCAUUUGCCCAUCAGCGAGGGAGGCACCGAUUGGAUUGCGUGGUUUGCUAGUGAACAGUUGCAAAAUGUGCAAUGGGGGGGGGCGAAAGACAAGUCGGCCACGUACAAUCGUGCGACGCGCAAGAUCGAACCACGGCAAUCCUUUGAAGCUUGGAAAGAGGUUGUGACGGGCCAUAGUCGACCAUGGGAUGAGCCUUUGUGCAAAGACAGGGAUCUAAUGUCAACGCUCCAAGUUGUUCUCACCAAUGUACUUACCUCCUGGCGAUCGCACCUCCUGCGAGUAGCACAUUUUGAAGCGAUGGAUCGGAAUGCCCGCCUAGUACUGGAACGUAAGAUGAAAAAGGAGGCAGAGUGGAGGAAAAACAUGCUUCUCAAUCAUGUUAGCCACGAGUUGAGAACACCACUGCAUACAAUCAAGGCUGCAUUGGGAUUGCUGGCUGAUGAUACGAGUUCAGACUCUGGUCAACGGGAAUUGCUAAAUGAAGCCAAUCAAGCGAACGAGGAGCUUACACGGUUGAUUGACCAUCUCAUGUACACGGAGGUAGACAUCCCUCCAUCUUCCCAAAGUGAUCUUUCCGAUUCUACCGAGGAGAUCACCAGCUCUGCAUUGACCUCACCCACUAGGGGGAUGAGAACUGUCUUUAACCCGGCAAAAGUCCUCAAGGCAGUUAUUGAGAAUCUUACUCAAUCCUUUCACAAAAAGUGGCGGUCUCAGUCUAAUGAAAAGGAAGUGCGGGUUGAAAUCGUCGCAAGCGAUCUUUUGCAUGAAGUCUGGGGGGAGCAGGAUUGGUGGCAGAGUAUAUGCGAAGCACUAGUCAGCAAUGCUCUAAAGUGGACAAAUGAUGGACGAGUCUUGGUCGAGCUGUUCAGCAAAGUGGAAACAGAACGUGUAGAGGGGGAGGAUACGGUGGCGCUACAUCUGAUUGUAAAAGAUUGGGGGCCCGGUAUUCCAAAAUCGAAGCAACAUCUUCUCUUCCAACACCUGCAGCCUCUCGAUGAGACACUCAGUCGCUCCUCACGGUCAACCGGCCUGGGUCUCGGCCUCUCGUUGGUAAAGAAAUUCACAGAUGCCAUGAACGGAACCGUCACAUUCGACAGUGUCUCACUAGAAGACUUUCCCGAAGAAGGAACUCAAACCGGUACCACCUUUCAUGUCUGCACCCCCUUUCACAUUGCCAAUGAGGAGCAGAAAACGUGGGAGGGACACAAGACUGGUGAUCUAGCAAAUGACCCUGCGUUCAAGAGAAUCAUUGAGUUGAUACCCAAGAUUGAACGGAGCAAAAAGGAAGGGAAGCAGGCCGUUGAGGAGUUGUCAAACACAAUGGAAACAGUUAGUUUGGAUAGCACGGUGAACGGAUCAGCGACCCAACCGGACACAUCAAGACGAGAUCAUCUGUCUCCUGUUUCCAAAGGCGAGGCGAAUCAACCCUUCAACGGCUUCAACGGUACCAAACCAUCGGCGACCAGUGUAUCAUCCCAGAACGUUCCACAACCAUUGAAAUCGGCUGCAUCACCGUCAUCUCGACAGCAUCUGUUAUCGAAAAGACCUGCGAAAGCAGCCACUCCUAUGAAGUGCCUUGUAGUCGAGGAUAAUCUGAUCAAUCAGAACCUCCUUAAACGUCAGCUAACCCGCCGAGGUCACACGGUCCUAACGGCGGACGACGGUCUCGAAGCAAUCCAAGUAUGGGAAGCCAAUCGGGACGAAAUCAACAUCAUCCUCAUGGGUAUGUCAUGUCCAUUUUCUCGUCCACUAAAAGCACGCGCUAACGCACACGUUAGAUCUCGCGAUGCCCAACAUGGACGGCUUUGAUGCCACAUCACGCAUUCUGCAAUCCAUAUCGCACACCCAAUGCAAACGUAUCCCCAUCAUUGCAGUAACGGCUCAAGCCAUGGCCGGAAACAAGGAACUAUGCAUGGAGAAAGGAAUGGAUGGCUAUGUUUCGAAACCCGUUGAUAUGGAAUAUUUGACUAAAAUUAUGGAAGAAAGUUAUUGGAAAUAUGAAAGGUGCACGAUAGCGUAGUCUGAUGCCGUUUUCUCUUUUAGAGAGCGUGAGAUGAGUUUAUUUAACUUUUGGGGGGAGAGUUGACUGACGACGAAUAAUUGUAUAUAUGAAGGGAAGGUUCAUAACUUUUUUUUUGAUUGUUUAAUUUGAUGCUCUUCUUUUUUGAUUGUUUAAUUUGAUGCAUUGUCUUUUUGUUUUGUUUAAUCUGUAUGCCGCUCAAAG